CUAGUGAACGUCAACGUAUUGACGUGAGCGGCCGUAUUUGCGUUGCCUGUGCCCGUUUGACAGCUGAAAAAAAAACGUUUCGCGCGUCUUUCUGUUAGCCGCAAACUUUUUGAGUGCGUUCGAAAAUUGAACUGUGUUUAUGGGGAUUGUUUUUUUUAUGAAACUGGAAUUGUUUUGCAGUGUUAAAAUUCGCAUUGGCCUGAAUUGCCGUUGAGACUAUAAAGUGAUGAAUCAGCGGGCGCCGGGUAAUUAACAUCGUGUCUGUACGAAAACAAAUCUAAACUCGAACUGCUUCACAGCCACUGGAAUAUUUCCGGACAAGUACGACGGACGUCAGCAAGCUGUUUUACCCCUACCUGAAGACGUCCUCCCUGCAUAGGGACUUCCUGUUUUCCAGUGGCUCCGACGAGUCGGGAUGCGAGGCUGAUAUGUUGGAGGGCGCGGAGGGGGGACGGCGCACGCCGCCCCGGCCGCAGCACGAGCCCAUCAACCUCAAGAAUGAGCAGGCGGAGUCGGAUCGUGAGAGUGGCGCGAGCUCGCCGGAAGGGGGUGCGCGGGCGCAGCUAGCCGAGCCUCGGACCCCCUCCCCGCGCCGCUCACCCCCGCAGCAGCACCUGAAUGGCUCCAUGGCGUCAAUGUUCCAAAACCUGCAAAACCUCGCGAACAUGCAACAGAACAUGGCGCCGAUGUCGCAACAGUUGCAGCAACAGAUGUCGCAACAAAUGUCGCAGCUAGCAGCCAACCUUCAGGGCUUGACGUCGAUGCCCUCGAACCCUGUCAUCAAUUCGCCUUUGAAUCUAAGCGUCAGUGCCCCAGGUAUGGGGUCACCAAACCCUGUGGGCAACAACAACAUGCUGCCUCCAGCAAUGCCGUCCCCAAUGCCGCAGUUCAUCCUAGCAUCAGGUCAGCUCGUACAAGGAAUCCAGGGGGCGCAGCUGCUUAUACCAACGUCUCAAGGAAUAGCAACGCAAACCAUCCUAACGAUACCAGUAAACCACGUGAACUCAAACGACCAGAUGGUGAACUUAGCCCUGAACAACGGUCAAGUAGUAUCGACCUCCCUCGCCAACCUGCAGGCGAUGGCCCAACCCCACCAACUCCUCAAUUCAAACCCGCAGCAGUCGGCCAACAUUCGUCCAAACAUGCUGAAUCCUACGCUAUCGAAUGCUUUACUUAACCCUGGCUUGCCGAACUUCUUGUCGAAUGGAGCAGCGAACGCGCAAGAAUUGCUGCAAGCGUUACAGCAACAGCAGCAGCAACAGCAGCCUCAAGCGAACCACAAUCUGCUGCAGACUGUGCAACAGAAUAAUAUGCCUCAGCAUAUGCAGGGUAGACGGUCGUCGUCACCGAAGCCUGAAAGACAUUAUAAGGAAAGAGAGAAUUUUGAAAGGUUUGCUGGCGGUUCGAGAGAAAGAAACGAGAGGGAUAACUCUGGACCUAUUCAGAUGAACAAUAUAAACAGGCUGGCGUCAUCAAACGGCGAGAUCACCAUCACGACGUCGCACGGAUCCAACGCAGGCCCAGCCAGCAGUGCGGGCAGCGCCAGUUCAGGCCCCAUGGCCUCCCCCCACCCCCCAAUCAAGAUGUCGCCAGGCUCUGUCAAGUCUCCUUCCCAAGAGGACGGCGACUUACUCGCCGAUUCGCCAAACCAACCAACAAUCAGCCAGUCUUCGAGCAACGUGGUCGAUGGGAUCAACCUGGAAGACAUUAAAGAGUUUGCCAAGGCCUUCAAACUGCGUCGUCUGGGGCUGGGCCUCACGCAGACCCAGGUGGGCCAGGCCUUGUCCGUCACAGAAGGCCCCGCGUACAGUCAGAGCGCUAUAUGCAGUGCCCUGGCUUCGCAGAUGCUAGCUGCUCAGCUGUCGUCACAACAACAAAACAUAUUUGAGAAAUUGGAUAUAACACCAAAAAGUGCGCAGAAAAUCAAACCGGUGCUCGAACGUUGGAUGAAGGAGGCGGAAGAGAGGUACGCGUCUGGGCAGAAUCACCUCACAGACUUCAUAGGCAUGGAGCCAAGCAAGAAGCGCAAGCGCCGAACCUCGUUCACGCCACAAGCGCUCGAGCUACUUAACGCGCAUUUCGAGAGAAACACACAUCCUUCUGGAACAGAAAUAACGGGUUUAGCGCACCAGUUGGGCUAUGAGCGCGAAGUUAUCAGAAUAUGGUUCUGCAACAAACGUCAAGCCCUCAAGAACACCGUCAGAAUGAUGUCCAAAGGAAUGGUCUAAAGCAAUUCAAAAAAUAAAACUAGUGACGGGAUUUGACUCUUAUAUCGAUGUCGAUUUUCGCUUUACGAUCUGCACGUAGUCGUCUCGAUAUUCACCUUAUUAUUUGCAUCGAUAGUGUCUUAUUUAAAAUUAAAAAAGUUCGGCGGUUUGUUUUUCAAAAAAAUCAGGCCUUAUAUCUUUGGGAUUCCAGCCAAUAUAAGAAUGGGAUUUACAUAAUUAGAUAUUUAAUGUUAACGUAUAAAUAACAAAUUUCGACUGAAUAUUCGUCUCGAUGUAGUUGACAGUGGUAUUUGAAUGGAAUGUGUCUCGAUAUUAUUAGGUGUUUUAGUACAAAAUAAUAAAUUGAUGAAUUGUGCAUUACUCCGUAGAUACAAAGAAAAUAUUGAAAUCAGGCCCAUUUCGAUUAAUAAUUACUUCAUCGUCUAGCAUUUCAUAGUUCCAUAAUAUAAUACAGUAUUAAGCGCUGGAUAUUAUCAUCAAUGAACGUAUUCAGUAUAAUAUACAAAGUGCACAAUGAAUAAAAGAAAGAGAGUUAAAUAACUCGACGAAAUGUGGGUAAUCCUAGUAAGUAUUAGCAAUUUUUUGUAAAAAUAUUGCAUUUUGUAAAUAAGUACAAUACAUAAUAAAUUUUCGGCGAUAAUUUGUAACGUAGUGGUACAUUAAUUUAUUGAAAUACUCUGAGUUGUUUCGUUCUAUUUAGCGAAUGUUGCACUUUAUAGUUUUAGGAUUUAUCGAUUAUCGAUAUUAUGGAAGUAGAUAAUGUGUCGUCAGUCUUAGUGGCCUACUGAAAGUUUUUUAAUCUUUGGUAGGUUUUUGUUAAUAGAUAGGCAUAAAACGAUAUGUAUAGAUUAAUAAUAAAAAUAAAUUCGUCAUAAGUUGUAAAUAUUGUUUUCGUAAUUUUAUUUCAAUAAAUUGUAUUAUUAGUUAUAUUUUAAUUAAAGAAAAUAUUUUCUAAGCUUUUUAAGAUCUUUGUAGAUUCAAGUUGGAUUUUGUGGCGAUAUAACAAUGUUUUCAAAUUUCGUGAAAAAAUAUUUCGUUCGAUUAAAAUACUAAAUAAUACAAUAAAAUACAAUACAUGUAACAGCUGGUCUUAAAACAUUUAGUGGCAAAUAGAUUGUUGUGCAUAUUUUUUUGGUCAUAUGAAUAUUAAACUAAUGAAAUUGCCUCGCAUUUGGAAAUGUAGAUUUUGAAUAUUAUACAUAUAUAUAGAUUUUCCAAAAGGACUAAAAUUUGACAUUAUACAAUUAUGUUUUAAGUGUUUUCCCAAAAAAAUAUGCACACGUACCUAUUAUUUAUUUUUGCUCAGUUUGUUAUAUUUUUCAAUGUAGAAACAAUUUGUUUAAUAAAAAAAUAAUAAUUGACAGAUCUUUAAUUGACGCGUAUAACAAUUUCAACUUAUUUUAUCUACAUUAAACAAAAUUAGGCAUUUAGUUUUGUUAAGUCACAAUGUUAUGGACUGAACAUAUUAUGUAGGUUUUCACAUUUGUAAGUACAUUUUUUUCCUGUAAAUAAAUUAUUUACCUUGUUAGAUAUUUCAAUUUUAAGACCUUCUGUUAAGUGUAUUACCGAUAGUACAUAAGAGUAUAAUGUAAUGUAUGUUAAUGACCAAUGAAAACCAACUUGUGAUCAUUAAUAUUUGUACUGUUACCUACUACUUAACAAGAGUCGUUAAAAAAUAAUAUUAUAAAAAUUGAACAUAUUUUUCGGCUGUUGAAAAAUUGUAAAUACAAUAUUAAGGAUAAUAAAACUAUUUGGAUUAAUAUUUAGGAACAAAUGGAAAAAAUAUUAUCAAAAUUUAUAUUUUCAAAAAUUAUUACAAGUGCAAAAAAAAUGUGUAUUUAAAAAAAGGGAAGUUUGGCCAUAAAAUGCAAAAUUAUUCAUGGAAUUUUUUAUCGACUACAGCACACCACUACACCCAUAGGAGCAGUAUGGUAUACAGUGACUAAAAUCGUGCGAUGCGAUAUUGUACGUAAUCAGUACUUAUUUUAAGGAGUCAGGAGUUUUUGUAACUCGUAUUUGACCUCAAUCUGCUUCCUCGAUUUCUAGACCAUUUUUCACAAAAACGCAGAUAUUUAAAAUAAAAUAACAAAUAGCUAUAGUGAAAACCCUGGCUCCCAACAAACAUUAGCGUAAUAGAUGAUGCAUAGGAUGCUAAGUACAAAUGAUAUUAUUUACUCUACUAGUCCUGUAACAAUUAAAAAUAUUACACGACAAAAUCGCGUUGCACUCUGGUUUUCAUGAUCCGUACGUAACUGUAAUAAUAGUAUACAAUUAAUAAAAUCUACUUACACAUAAAUUCAGCUGUAACACAUAUUCAAACCAAACUGUAACAGUAUGUAAUAGUGUAUUAAUUUUUUCUUCCUAUAAUGGUACCGAUCGAUUGAUUAUGGCUGCUGGUUUAUGAAGAGAUGCAGAAUAAAGACAGAUAACUGUUUGAA